AUGGAGAAACUCUUGCCUGGCAUGGAAGAAACUUCAAAUCUUGAACACAAUACAAACUUCGUGCUUAACUACCAAGUUCCCUCGCUUAUCGUCAAACCAGAAAAGAACGAAGAUACUAGCGCAUUUCAGCAAGAGAUUGACGCCUACAACUCGCUUCAAGGAACCGUGAUUCCAACUGUUCUUGGCCAAAGAUCUUUCUGUGGCCGCCGCGAGCUUUGUCUCUCUGAUGUGGACUGGAUGACUCUGUACGAAGCUGCUGAAGUUGGCAUGAAUGAGAAGACAAUCGAAACUCAUCCUGAGGAAGCAUUGUAUGCUCUGUGGGAAUGCAAAGCCGAGUAUAAUGAUGAGAAUCCGUGCAACUUCUAG